CCUGCUCUCCUUCUUGGCCUCGGACUUGAACCUUUCUACGAGGCAACGGAGCUUCUCUUCUUAAUGGCUUCGCUGCAUCAAUGGAGGAAACCUGCAAGGAUGAAGAAAUAAACACUGUCUCAAAUGUAGUUGAAAGUGAUAUUUCAAGGAGCACAGAAAUGGAUGAUUAUUUUAUUCGACUUCUAAAAUUGAGUUCAUAUAUAACUCGCCGAUUCAUCCAAUUUAUUGAGUAUCUUGUGUUCAGAGAUGUUGAAAGAGUCUCACGAGAUUCUGAAGCUUCAUUUUCCAGAUGGAAUCAGUCUUCCCUUGGGGAUGGCUCAAUGUGUUUUAAUCCUUUGGAAACCAGAGCACAUAUUCUGGAAUCUGAAAGGCAGUUCAUAAGCCAAAAGAAAAACAAUUAUGCAUAUAGAAAUUCUGGAAUUGUUGGAUUAAGGAACGUCCAGUCAAUUAUUUAUCAAGGGUUGAUGUUCCCAUUGUAUGGCCUCAGAGUGGGAUGUAGCUUGGUAUCUACUUUUCUGAGAUGUUCCAGAAUCUAUAUUAGAGAGAUUCACAUGCAGCUGCAGGGAAUCAUAUGCCGUAUGAGGAUAACAUUGCAGGGAUCUUCUGAGGAUAUUGGGUGGUUGCAGAGAACUGAAGGAUUACCCCCCAUGGAAGAUGGCACUACUCGAUUCAUGGAGCUGCUCCAUGAUAUAAGAAAUGGCAUACAUUGUCUGCCCAACACUCUGGUUUAUUUAUUAAUUCCUGGCCUUUUUAGCAACCAUAGUCCCUUAUAUUUUGUGAGGACAAAAAGAUUCUUUUCGAAGAUGGGUCUAACCUGUCAUAUUGCCAAGAUUCAUAGUGAGGCAUCAGUGGAGAAAAAUGCGUGGGAACUGAAGCAAUAUAUUGAGGAGCUCUACUGGGGAUCUGGAAAGCAUGUGCUACUUCUUGGGCACAGCAAAGGCGGGGUUGAUGCUGCAGCAGCAUUGUCCUUGUACUGGUCUGACCUGAAAGAAAAGGUUGCUGGUCUUGCACUAGUUCAGAGCCCGUAUGGUGGCAGCCCCCUUGCUUCAGAUAUCCUGCGUGAAGGCCAGAUUGCCGACAAGGAAGCCCGGAGGAUUAUGGAGUUCAUUAUAUGCAAAUUGAUCAAGGGUGAUAUAAGGGCUCUUGAGGAUCUCACAUAUGAAAAGCGGAAGGACUUGAUUACCAACCGCAGGCUUCCUUCAGAGCAAAUCCCGCUGAUCUCCUUUCACACAGAAGCUAGUGUGGCUCCUGGUGUUCUGGCCACAAUGUCCCUCAUCGCCCAUGCCGAGCUACCAUGGCUUCCCCUUCCUCACUUCUUCUCCGAGUUCGAUGAGAUCCACUCAGGGCAAGCUGGCCGAAAGGUGCCUGUUGUCGUCCCUCUAGCUGCUGCCAUGGCGGUCAGCGCAUUGCACCUAAGGCUACGUUAUGGAGAGAAGAGUGAUGGGUUAGUGGCACGUUGUGAUGCUGAGGUGCCAGGAUCGGUAGUUGUGAGGCCAGAUAGGAAGCUGGAUCACACAUGGAUGGUGCAGGCCUCUCUGAAGAAGGACCAGCUUGAAGCUGAUGCCAGUGAGAUGUGUGAAGCUCUUCUGACCAUGCUUGUGGAGAUUGGAAGGAAGAAGCAAGUAAUUGUGGACGCUACGUGGCCUACAAGAGAUGCAUGCAUAAAUGGUACGCAUCAUGAAAUGGAGAGUAUGCACUUGUAGGGGCGAAAUAUUUAUAUGUUUUUUUUUUUUGCUCCAUUUUUUAGCAAAGUUGGCAAAACUCAUGGGUUAUGGUAUCUUUUAUAAAAUAUCUCUACAUGUGCAGCCGCCCUCUUUUUUUGUCGCCAAAAGUUUAAGAAACUAUUCUGGAAAACUGCAUCCAAUAAUGUCCAUUAAAGUAAAAUCUGACUCA